AUGAUCGUGUUUGAGUGUGAGGUAGGGGAGAAACUUCAAUGUAGCCCACAUGCCCCCAACUUCCCCAGCUAUCUUCGCUCAAGAGCUGGGUUCGGGGGACCUUAUGCCAUGUAUCUAUUUCCCGAAAAACUUUUCCCUGAAGCGACGUUCCUGCAAUGCUAUAUUCAGGCUAUUCCUGACCUCCUUGAGGUGAUCGCAUUCAUGAAUGAUGUCUUUUCAUUCUACAAGGAAUCGGUAGUCUCUACGGAUCGAAACAACUAUGUGCACAACUAUGCUGCGAUACAUGGUGUCACUGUUUGCAAAGCUUUAGAAGACACAGCUGCUAGUCUGGCGGAAUGUAUUAGGAGACUGAGAUUACUGUUUUCCUCAGAACCGGAAAUGCUCAAAGUGCUCAACAGUUUUAUUGAAGGGUAUACUGCGACGAAUUGGGUAUACUUCGACGAAUUGGUUACCUCGCUAUCGUCUCUACGAAUGCGAUCUUCCCAAAGUGCUUGCACAGGAUCAGAAUAUCCAAGGUUGAGAUAG